CUGAAACCCAAGUUUGGUAUGGCGGCGGCCCCAAAGUAGCUCUCAGCUGUGGAGUGACUGCGGCGGCUGUCGUCCUCCGUGUCCCGUUCCUCCCGCCGAUGCUCCCGCUCGCCCCCUAUUCUCACCGGGUCUUUCCGAACUCGAAGGCACGCACGCACGCACGCAGUCGUGCCGUGUACUCCUUUCCCGAAUGACGGGCGGUCGUUUCGACUUUGACGACGGUGGCGCCUACUGUGGCGGCUGGGAGGACGGCAAAGCUCACGGCCACGGCGUAUGCACCGGACCCAAGGGCCAGGGCGAGUACUCGGGCUCGUGGGCCAACGGCUAUGAGCUCGUCGGAAUGUACACCUGGCCCAGCGGGAACGUGUACCGGGGCUACUGGGCGCAAGGAAAACGCCACGGACUCGGCGUAGAGAGCAAGGGCAAGUGGAUCUAUCGCGGAGAGUGGACGCACGGAUUCAAGGGUCGCUAUGGAGUCCGGCAGAGCCUGAACACACCGGCCAGGUACGAGGGCACCUGGAGCAACGGACUGCAGGACGGAUAUGGCGUCGAGACCUACUCGGAUGAAGGUACAUACCAGGGUCAGUGGACUGGUGGGAUGCGUCAUGGCUAUGGUGUUCGUCAGAGUGUCCCAUAUGGUAUGGCAUCAGUCAUCCGCUCACCACUUCGAACUUCACUGGCUUCCCUGCGUAGUGAGCAGAGUAAUGGCACAGUUUUGCGAGACAGUCUAUCUGACAGCCCUGCUGGCACACGUGGUGGCUUUGUGCUCAACUUCCAUUCAGAUGGAGAAGGUACUGACAAAAAGAAGGGUCUCUUCCGCCGUGGCUCUCUUUUUGGGAGUCUACAACGAUUGCGUAAAUCAGAUUCGCGCUCAUCUAUCACCAGUAAGCGCAGCUCAGCACGUAGUGAAACCACUAUGAGUCGUAUCAGUUCAAGUGAUGCCAAUUCCACUAUCAGCUUUGGAGACGGAGACCCCAGUGAUGACUACUUGACUUUUGAGGACAAUGUAGAUGCCACGACUACUGAGUCCUACAUGGGCGAGUGGAAGAAUGACAAACGCAAUGGCUUUGGUGUCUCAGAGCGUUCCAACGGCAUGAAGUACGAAGGAGAAUGGUUAAACAAUAAGCGCCAAGGCUAUGGCUGUACCAUCUUUCCUGAUGGCACCAAAGAAGAAGGGAAGUACAAGAACAAUGUGUUGGCCCGAGGGAUCAGAAAGCAGUUAAUCCCACUGAAGAACACCAAGACCAAACAAAAGGUGGAUCGAGCCAUCGAAGGAGCAGUGAGAGCUGCAGCCAUUGCCAGAACUAAAGUGGAGAUUGCCAUCUCCAGGACAUCUCACACUCGGGCCAAAGCAGAGGCAGCAGAUCAGGCCGCACAGUCAGCCAGCCAAGACUCCGAUAUUGCAAGAGCUGUGGCCAGAGAACUCUCACCAAGUUUCUAUCAGCCAGGCCCAGACUAUAUACGGCAGAAAUACAAUGAACCAGUGGAGGUGAAGGAUGUCCCUGAAGAGAGUAAAAUGGAGAAAACUCCGUCAAGUAGCCCUCAUUUCUACCGGAAAGGCACAACACCAACACAUUCUCCAUCUCAGAGUCCUGGCCCCAGCCCCACUCCCUCACCAACUCCCACAAAGAAGACCGUCUUCAGCAGUAAACCAUCUGCCACUGUCAGUCCCCCAAAGCCUCCUGGGAAAGUAAACAAAACCUCAACAGCUGAGGCUUUAACUAAAGGCAUUACAAAGGCAGCAUCAAAACUCUCUCUCAGACAGGAAACGAGGCAACAGGCAGAGUCUCUUCCGAUUAAACUAGCCAUGCCAAAUAGUUACCCUAACAAUGGACAGAUCCACUCCCAAUACCAUGGUUACUAUGUCAAGGAUGUCAAGAUCCAGCCACCUGAAGAACCAGUUGACGUGGAAGAUGAUUUUCACCCAUCAAGCCUUGCGCGCUUGCCGCCUACCAAGCAAGUUUGGGCACCAGCCCCAAAAGUCUCACCCGUCCCCAGUCCCUCUCCAGUCCCACCAAAGGGGAACAUCAAAGCUCUAGAGUCUUCCAAGCCAAAACCAACGGAAGCAAACAAACCAAAGAGUUUCGCAGAAACAAAAAAAACAAGUUUGGAAAUUAGCGCUGAAAUCGUUGAGGAGGAGUUGGGUCCCAACUCUAUCUUGGUGGCUCUGGUGAUGCUAUUAAACAUUGGUCUCGCCGUUAUUUUUGUGCAUUUCCUGACUUGACCAAAUCUGCACUCAGAUUUACCCAAAGUUGUCACCCAAGCCGAUAACUCUCCACCAGCCAGCGGUCUUUCAAAAUGGGUUCCAAACAGAAUGGCAGAUAUGGG